CAAAGAAACCGAGCGCUUCCCGUGUGUCUGUCUGUGUGCGAGACGGGGUGUCUGCAGGCGGCGGCAAAAAAAAAAAAGAAAGAGUAAAAAGAAGAAAAGUAAGCCCACGUCUGUACGCUUGUUAAUCAAUCUCGGAGCAGCGAGAGCAGCGCAGCAGAUUAAAUCCCAUCCACCAGCCCAAACUCGCCGCUCGAGCCCCAACUCAACUCUCUGUUUUUGUGGCUAUGGCAUUUGCGUUUUGAUUUCCAGCGGGCGCAGUUGCGUGCCAGCCAGCGUGUGUGUGUGUGUGUGCGUGUGUGUGUAAACAUUUAAUCACAAUAUUUAACAAAAAAAAAAACAAGGCACCCCUAUAUCACCCAAACAUCCCCGACGAUCAGCGAAAAUCCGUGAAUAAAUCCACAAAAGCCGAGGUAACACCACACACGCACUGCCGGCUGCAGAAUGGACUUUCUGAAAUGGGGACUUCCCCUGCUGCUGGCCACCCUGGUGGCCCUGCAACAGCCCACCCGCACGGAGGCGCUGAUCGAGGACGUCCUGGACAUCAUCCAUGUGGUCAAGGAGGUCACCUCGGGCGUCCUCAAGGCCUGGGACAUCGUGCAGUCCUCCCCGCUGGCCGCGAACAUCGACUUCCCCCUGAUGAGGGAGAAGCAGAAGAAGGUCUUGCAGCGGCUCAAAGAAGUCAGCAAGCAAAUAGACCACACCGAAGACCAGCACGCCCAGUACGUUGCCUUGGCCAUCGAGUCGGUGACGAGCUUCAUGCACAACAAUGCCCCCAUUAUGGCCAAGAUGAACGACAUCUCGGACACGAUCAACAGGAUCUCGUCGCGCUACCAGCAGAUGCAGAAGUACGAGGCCUACAAGGACAGGCUGGAGAUGUCCACGCUCAUCACGUUCGCCGAGUGGACCGUCUCGCCGAACGCCCACUCGGUGCACCACCUGAUGGACCGCCUGCACAUCACGCUGCUGGGCAACGAGGACAGGUCGUCCAAUGCCACGUCCAGCAACCUGCUCCAGCAGCUGACCAGCGCCUAUGAGGUGUCCACCAAUCAGAUCUGCAACACCAUGCAGUCGGCCCAGCAGUUCAUAUACUCCCUGUACGCAGACAUAGCCCUCACCGAGCUGAAGGCCUACACCAUGAUGGAGUUCUCCUGGAUGAUGCUGCGCGUCUACGGCAAGGGCAACUACACCCAGGAGGCGGAGCUCAUGCGCUCGGACUACGAGAAGCGGACGGAGCGCACACUGAAAGUGCUCAAGGACGUGAUGCUGCGUGCGGAUCGCAUCGUUUAUCGCUGCGAUCCGGCCAAGCAUGUGGCGGGUGUGACCUACGACGAGGUCACACGGCUCCUGCAGGGCUACAUCGAGAACGAGGUGGACCUGAAUAACGAGGAAACGUGCCGCGAGACCUGCGGCUUCUAUCAGUCCACCCGCAGCGAGGGCUGCUUCAAGGAUCUCUACUGCUCGCGCCAGCCGAAGUGCACGGGUCGCCUGUACAACUGCCAGUUCGUGGACUCCGACAUGUGGGUGUGCCCGUCGCCGCAGAACAGCACCAGGCGCUACGAGUUCAUCGAGUACGAGAACGGACGCGUCCUGGGCCAGCGCGGCAGAUGCACCAGGGGCACCACCAAGGUGGACAGCUGGUGGCGCUACCUCCUCUGGCACUGCAGCUACUGCUUCUGCCUGUGCGAUGAGCAGGGUCUCAAGUCGGAUCGGUUCUUUAACCUGCGGGACACCAUCGCCGAUGUGAAGCGCAACAGAAUCGUGACUGGUCUGCGUUUUGUGAAGAAAAACCGCAUUUUCCACCUGCAAAUCCAGCAGGGCGAACUGCUGCCGCGUGGCGCCGUCAAUCAGAGCACCCUGGAGUGGAAGCCAGUGGAGACGUACAACUUCUUCGAUCGCGAUGUGAAGAAGGGCGUGGACUAUCACAUGCUGAGCUACGAGAGUCGCUCCAUCGACCUGGACGACGUGGACACGGACGACAAUAGCUUUGUGAUCACCGGCGUGCGAUUCCGUGUGAUAGGCACGCACCUGAACUUGGAGGCCUACUACAGCGAGUUCGACUUCAAGACGGGUCAGCUCAUCCAGCCGGAGAGCAACAGCUACUGGAAGUCCAACGACAACACCGAUGUCAGCGGGGCACGCAGGGAGAAACUGCGCCUGGAUAACGCCGACGUGUCCACGCGGACAAUCACCCACUCGAUACCUCUGUCGCGCCACAAUCAGUGCAUCGACUUCACCAACACGGGCCUGGACAAGGACGCGGCCCAGAGCACUGUGCCCUUCGUGGACAUCCAGGACGUGGUCUCGAAUCCGCCGGUGCCCCUGGCUGGCAUUGGGAUCUACUACAAGGGCCGCAACGGCUACGGCGGCUUCCUGGGCCCCAAGAUCAUCACCUACGACUUCACGCCCCACGUUCAGGUGCCGAAGAAGAAGUUCUAGGCAGCAAGGGAGAGUCGAAGAGGCGGUGCUGUUCCAUCCCGCACAUAUGUCAUAGCUUUCUUAGUUUUACACUACCUAUCAAUACACACUUGCAAUUACUGUCGCGUAGUCUAAGUGAGAUCGGAGGAGAACGAGGCGCCAGUGACGCAGAAUCGGGCAAGACAAGAUAUAACUAAAAUUAUGCUGAAAUUUAGCCAUACAAAAGGAAAACAAAUAAAGAGAAUCUGAAUCUGAGAAGCCAGAGAAACGAAUAA